AUGAUUUUCGUUCGUCGAAAGAAAAGCGCCAUUCUGUGGAUAGUCGCGUUCUUAGCACUCAGCUUCUCGUCCAUGCUCUGCCUGUUGAUCCUCAAGUUCGACUUUCAUCUCCCACCCUCGACUUCCGAUAUCGACCUCUGCGACAACGCGAAGAAGGCUUUCUCUUCCAUCGAUCGCAUUAUUGAAGAUAACAUCAGAAUCAGCUGCUCUGGCGACUUGUGUCGACGACUAAGUCUUCAGGAUUCUGACAAACGCCGUCCACGGGAGAUCACUUCCACACCAAAGAAUACCUCGCUCUUAGAGGCGAAUGCUCCCGCCGGGCACUCUCCGCUCACGGAAACUAUGGCUAAUUUGACGUGCAUCGGCUCUGAGGUCGACCUCUGCUCUGUUCUUGCCGGCAAGCGGCUUCUCAUGGUCGGCGGCGAGCACAUUCACAAGCUACAUUCACGCAUCCUCGAGCACCAGGAAGAAAAGGAAAAGCGCUCAUUUCCGUGUCUCGGCCGGGACUUCUGUACGCAUCACCAUAUCUGCUUACCGCCCUCUACAUCUACGUCUGGCAAGGAUGAGCCGCGGUACGCCAAGUCACCUUCUCGCGUGGAACUGCAGGCAACAAACUCGGUGCUCAUGAGCUUUAUACUCUCCGAUUAUCUCCUUGCUACACCUAACGAGGCUUCUUGGGAGUACAACAGCCCGGUGCUUGACCCACUCAGCGGUGCAAGGGUCCGACAGGGAUUUUGGUGGCACCCUGCUCAAAAGGCAGAUGUUCUUGUUCUCGGGCGGGCACCGGGCAGCUUGCCUGCAAGGUUUGACUUCUGGCUGGGCACCGGAUGA